UCUUUUGACCCUCAGCUGUUAAAAUGAGACUGAUCUUGUUCAAAUGAGCCAUACGUAUUGUAUGAAUUCACAACAUCAGUUAUUAUGUAUGUUAACAAUGACUUUUCCCAAGCUGAACAUAACACUGUGAAUUGCUGGAGGUUAUGAUUGUUGUAUGAUUGCCCCUUCUACCCAUAGAUGAACCUCAAUACUACUUGAAUUUUUAAUCUCAAACGGUUUCUGCUAAGAGGCACAUCUCCUCCUAGACUGUAGGUGUCAGUACACACUAACAUCUUGCAGCCAACUCUCGAUUGAGAAAAGGAGCAACACCAUAGAUAAGAGGAAUACCAGUGCGGUAGUGCCAUGGGUUGUUGGAUUGAUGUUUUGUGAGGUUUAAACUUGCUUCUGAGACUCUCUUAACCAUUAUUUCGCAUUGCAACAAUCGGCGGUGCAUCUGUUUUCGCAGGUGUGCAUCGGAACCAUAUUAUGCGUGUUAAGCUUGUUAUCUGUCUACGUAGACGUAGGCUAACAUUAAUGAGUGAGGUAAUGAUCAACAUUGGAUGAAGGCUAACGUUAGCUCCUUGAACCAUCAAAUCAUUAUAUUUACUCAGUCAUGGCAUCUGAAUUUACCAUAGACAUCCAGCUCACAGAGUUGGGUUUCCAUCAUAUUCCUGUAUUCAAUGAGGAGUUACCCAAAAAAGAGACAUCACAAAACAAUGCUUCCUGCGAUCCACCAAAUCCCCCAGCACCUCCAAUAUCACCUCCCGAACCUUCAGAAUCACCUCCCGAACCUUUGGAAUCACCUCCAGAACUGUUAGACUCAUGUCCAGCAACUUCAAAAUCACCUCCAGCACCAACUAAACCACCUCCAUCAACUUCAAAAUCACCUCCAGCAACUUCUAAUUCAAGUCCUCCAUCAACUUCAAAAUCACCUCCAGCACCUUCUAAACCAACUCCUUCAGUGAUGAAUUCUCCUAAAACAAUUCCUCCUGUAACACAUCCUCCUAUUGACCACCGUCUGCUUUGCAUGGUUAAGCAGAAUAUACAUACUCUUCCCAAGAAUUUGCCUGUGGCCAUAAUGCCCAAGAGUUUGCCUCCGGCCAUAAUGCCCAAGAGUUUGCCUGUAGCCAUAGUGCCCCAAAGUGGCCUGUGGUCACUGCCUUCUCAAUCUACCCAUGUCAUGGUGGCGAAUAUUCAGCCUCAGUCUCCCCAAUGUUUAACAGUAAUCAACAAUGGCAUAGUUCCUGCAAAAGACAGUUCUACUGAGUCAAACACUAAAAAGGAGUCUAAGCUGUCAGAGACUAAAAAGGAGUCUAAGCUGUCAGACACUAAAAAGAAUUCUAAGCUGUCAAACACUGGAAAGGAUCCGGAUCUUCCAACCGAUGUUGUAGUCACAAAACAAGCAUUGGCUCUGGGAGACAAAAAGGAUGAUGAUGGCAAAUCAGUAGGCACUGAAAAGACAGCCUUUGUGAUUCGCUAUACGAAUGAUGAGCAAAGCAGUGCAGAAAAGACCGACACUACACAGGAGGUUGUGCCUGAGAAAGAUGGGGCUACAUCCCAGAAUGAUGCAAAUGUCAGUAAGAGUAAGGAAAAAAACACUGCUCAGGAUGAGAGUGAUGACAGUGAGGUGUCUGAGGUGGAGGAGGAAGAGGAGGAGGAAGAGGAUAAUGACAAUGAGGAUGAUGGCCUGUUAUUUGCUCCAGAUGCGGCAGGAGAACACAACUGCAGCGUGUGUCAUCAGACCUUCAUCAACGGCUUCCUCCUCCGCGAACACAUGCACCUUCACACGGGCGUGCGUCCCUACCGCUGCGCCGAGUGCGACAAGCAGUUUUGCCACCUGGCCAACUACCGCGCUCACCUGCGCACCCACGCCCAAGCCGUGGCCAUCCGCUGCCGCGUGUGCCAGGCCAGCUUCGAGACGGAGGAGAGGCUUCAGCAGCACCUGGAGUGCACGCACUUCGAGAAGGAGUUCUACCAGUGCGACUACUGCAAGCGCAUCUUCACGUGCAUGAACGACUGCCUGCUGCACGUGCAGAAGCACAAGAGCGAGCUGGUGCAGCCGCAGUGCGCCAAGUGCGGCCGCCGCUUCCGGCACGAGAAGCACCUGCGGCGCCACACGCUGAAGCACGCGUGCCAGCGCUCCUACGUCUGCUCGGACUGCGGCCAGAGCUUCCGCAAGAAGAUCGCGCUGCUGCGCCACAGCUUCUCGCACCUGGGCAUGCUGCCGUACACGUGCACGCACUGCAGGACCCACUUCCGGCUGGCCAGCGUCUACCGCAAGCACAAGUGCAAGCCCGAGACCAUCCAGUGCGUGGCGUGCCUGUCCACGUUCGACAGCCACAGGGACUUCGAGGAGCACAAGCGGGCGACCGGCUGCUGGGGCUACCAGGGGGCCCAGGGCCGCACGCUCCUGCAGCAGCAGCAGAAGCAACGCGACGAGAUCCGCUGCAUGGAGUGCGGCCAGACGUUCGCCACGGCCGACGAGCUGAAGAAGCACGCCGGCUCCCACCAGAGGGUGCUCAAGUGCGCCGAGUGCGGGAUGGGCUUCCGCUCCUCGCUGAUGCUCAUGUCGCACAUGGGCGGCCACGCGGGUCAGCGGCCUUGUCUCUGUCAGAAGUGCGGCCUGGGGUUUCCGCACCAACAAGGCUACGACCUCCACCUCAAGGACUGUGGGGUCAUGCCGCCUCCAAAGGUGAGCUACUUUUUACUGCUGUUUCUGAUCAAUGUGGAAGUGGACCUCAGGGAUGAACACAGAGAUGAGGGGGAGGGGGAGGGGGAACCGCACGAGUGUGUGACCUGUGGCAAGAUCAUUGAGGACGGUGACCUGAUUGAGCACUACAUGGAGCACGCAGUGCAAGGUGACCAAGACCUGGCCAAAAGCCCCACUCUUCCCCCAUCCCCCUCUGGGUCUCUGUUGUCGUCAUCCUCCGCCUCUUACUCACCCUCCGCUUCAGGGUUCUCGUCCCCCAACCGAACCCCUCCAGCCAGUCCGCCCAGUAAGAGAUUACGGUCCAGUGUUAAAUAG